AUGGCGGCUGCUACGUUCUCAAGAUUAUGGAAUAGCGAGGUCGGGCUCAAGACGGUGCAUUUCUGGGCGCCAGUUAUGAAAUGGGGCCUUGUCAUCGCCGGCAUCUCUGACUUUUAUCGACCACCCGAAAAGCUUUCGCUCACUCAGAACGUUGCGCUGACAGCCACUGGAAGCAUUUGGACCCGUUGGUGCCUGAUUAUCAAGCCCAAAAACUAUUUACUCGCGGCCGUAAACUUUUUCCUUGCAGGCGUUGGAACUGUUCAGGUCAGCAGAAUAUUACUGUAUGAACAAGAACAGAAGAAACUUAAACAGGAACACCCAAUUUUAUCAGAGCUCCAGUCUAAAGCUUCGUGA